AUGGUAAGUCAUUUGGCGCCAAAGGUGGAGAGUCUUGCCCUAGAUGUUGGAGACAUCUCCAAGCUUUGGCACAAUACUGCCAUUCCAGGGGUUGACGUCGAAGUCGAACAAUACAGCUUCUUUGCUUCUCUUCGGGGUUUCAAGCACCUAAGAUCGCUACAAGUGUCUCCGCCAUACGUAUCCAGAACAACAAGUCAGCGUCUACUGAAUCUGGAUCCCACACGCAAUAUAGACUGGGGCGUUAGGCAACAACAGCCCAUUACUGAUGCCGAUGCCGUUGCCAUGUUUGAGCGGCUACGAGCGCAAAUUCCCACACUGGAGCAUUUCGCGAUCGUGCCUUCGGAGAAACGAUUCCGAAGCGAUCUGGUAAAGACAUUCAGGCCAUCGCUACAGGGUGUUCCAGACCACACAGAAUUCCAGCCUAUGGCUUGGUAUAUGGAUCGAUGGGGUGACAAAACAAUCCUAACGACGCGACAGGCGCGCAAGAACUACGAGCAGCGACAGAUAUGGGUGGGCGAGCGGCGAACGAGGACGGAAAUCAAGCGAGACGCAUACAUGGUUUUCGACACCGACGCACCAGGUGUUCGAAUGGGAGAGUGGGUGCUCGACAACAUCUGCAUCUAG